GUAGCCCUAAUCUUAUUUCUAGGCCUUGGCGAGGGCGAGAGCUCCGGCGGCUUCGAUUGGAUCAUUGCGAGGGCACGAGAUCGCCCCGGAUUUCAUGACAUUUCCAUGAUUUUCUCGUGUUCUAGGAGAUGGCUGCUUCAGGCCGACCGGCGCCUGCCAAGCCUUGGGAGCGCCCUGGAUCUCAAGGCAAUUCAAGCCCUUCUCCAUUUGCCCCUUCCUCGCCGACUACGAGCACGGCGGCAGCAAUUGCUAGCUCUGGCACCGCCGCCACAACGAUCGACAAGCAAAAUCUCGCCCAGCAGCCUUCCACCGCCGUUGGGGCCGCUGUGCCUUUGAGACCCUGGGAACGCAACCAAGGAGGCUAUGGGAGCUAUGGAACGAUGAGCACGUACAACAGACCAUACAACUCGGUCGGUGGCUACGGUGGUGGUGCUUACAAUGGUGGUGGCUAUGGAUACAAUGGUUCUGCAUAUGGAAGCAGCUACUUUGGAGGAGGAUAUGGCAGCAACUAUGGUGGCAGCCCGUUUGGAGGAGGAGGGAUGUACAAUAGAAUUGGUGGUGGCUAUGGUGGAUUUGGAAUGCCGAUGGGAGGAGGGCCUUUAGGCGGCUAUGGAGGCUAUGGUGCUGGGAAUCCCAUGGCUCCCAAUCCUGACGAUCCGUAUGGUGGUCCUCCUCGCGCUCCCAGUUUCUGGCAGUCCAUGCUUUCCGUGCUGCAUGGUGUCAUGACUUUCUUUGGACGGCUGGCAAUUCUGAUUGACGAGAACACUCAGGCUUUCCAUUUUUUCAUCACGGCGCUUCUUCAACUGUGUGAUCGGGCUGGGAUUCUUUACGGGGAGCUCGCACGAUUCGUGUUGCGCCUGUUGGGCUUCAGGCCGAGAUCGCCGAAGGCUCGCUCUGUGGCAGGAACAAGAGCCUUGGCCGGAGCUGAGGCAAAGCAAGGUGGUGGUGAUGGUGCUGUCGUCGCUUCUCUUCCAAAGGAGGGAUCUUGGGACAAUGUGUGGUCUAACAAGGAAUCCCAGUAAGUGUCGAUCGAUUCGUAGCCGCUGUAGAUAUAUUAUUUGCACUAGUCUGGAUGUCUUGGUGAGUAUCGUUUUGUGUGAUAUUAGAGGCCUGGGGGAAAAUAAAUUUCUUUCAUGAUC